GUUACUUUGAUAAAUUGUAAUGUUGAUGAUGUCGGUAUGUCUAGGUGUGUGGAUUGAUGGCCGAAAUUCUGUUGUAGAAGAUCUCACAACAAGAAAGGAGAUGAAGAAGUGGAAAAAAAUUAGCCCACAAAAAAAGGACAGUCCUCAGAAAGGAGCCUCCAGUUCUGAGGACAUCAGCAGUUUCAGCCAUCAGCUGUCUGAGUAUGCUGAUUUAUCACUGAGGUUGAUAUACGAGUAUUACAGAUAUGAUCUGACCUACAUCCUGGAGAACAUGGACACCGGGGUCCUCCUGAGAGAGCUAAAAUAUCGAAAUGUCUUAAACACAAAUAAAUACAGGUCAAUAAAACAAGGAUCUGGUGUUGCUUGUUUCUCUCACAUCUUAUUACAAGAUAUUCAGGAUGGGGGAAGGAAAGCUGUGAUUGGACUCUUGGAAUGUCUCUAUGCGCUACAGAAAGAUCAUCCUCACCCUAAUUUAUUGGCGGUUCUGGAGGAAAUCAGCCAAACAGGUGAUUGUCUGGUGGAUCAGAUUCUGCUGGAUGAACUUGGACACAAAAUGACUCCGGAGCUGAGAGAUAUUCAGGAAAAGCACAAACAACAUCUGAUGGAGAAGACUGAGACUCUAGUGGAGCACAGACCCCCAGGAACUACCCUGGAACCACAAAGAUUCCUCAUCAAUGAGCGUUAUGUGAACCUGAUUGUAGUCUCUACCAAUCAGUUCAGACAACGUCCCCAGAAUGAGCUAAUACAGACUGGAGGAACACAUGAGGAAUGCUUGAAGGAAACACAGACUGGACUGCAACACAUUUCCCCCAACAGACUGUUCCGAUGGAACCCCCAGUCACAUUGUGUACCACAUGCAGUAAUGGUGAGCGGAGUGCCAGGAAUAGGGAAGACCACACUGAUGCAGAAGUUUGUCUAUGACUGGGUGACCGGAAAACUCUACCAGAGAUUUGCCUUUAUCUUUUUCUUCAGAAUCCGGGACCUUAAUAGACUGGGAGAGGUCAGCUUGGAGGAGAUGAUUCUUCAUCAAUAUCCGUAUCUGGAGGGUCAGAUUGGAGACAUUUUACAAGAUCCAGAUAGACUUCUGUUUAUAUUUGAUGGAUUAGAUGAAAGUAUUCACCAUAUAGAUUUCCGAUCAAGUAAAUUGUCCAAUCCAAAACAAAGAACACAUUUUGGUGAUAUUGUGGUCAGUUUGGUGAGGCAGAGUUUUCUUAAGGGUUGCUCUGUACUGAUAACCAGCCGUCCAACCAGACUGGCAUCAGUUGAUACCAUUGUUUUCCAGAGAAUAGCUGAGAUCAUGGGAUUUCUCCAUGGAGACAGACUGACCUUCUUUAACAAUUUUUUUGGAAAUGAGGAAUUGUCAGAAAAGGCUUUUCAUUAUGUGCAGGAAAAUGACACGCUGUACACUUUCUGUUAUAUCCCAUCAUACUGCUGGAUCAUCUGUACAGUGUUAUCAAUGUGCUUCAGAUCCCAACCAACAAUCACUGAUCAGCUGAUGACAUCAUUACCCAAAACAGUGACACAACUCUUUGUGACUUUUGUCUCCAAUAUUCUGGUCAAUCACAACCAGAAUAAAGACGAUGUGCAUGCUGCCCGGGAAUUUCUGGCAUCUAUUGGGUGGAUGGCAGAACAUGGAGUCAUGAAUCACAUGAUUGUGUUUGAUGAGCGUCAUCUGGAGUCAUUCAAUGUGAGAAAUGAUAAACAUCUCUUCUCAUCUUUCAUGAUGGAAUCUGGUCAGCCUCCUGAUGUGAAUUACACCUUCUUACAUCUCACUCUUCAGGAGUUUUUUGCUGCUUUAGUCCAUUUUAUUAAUUAUAAUCCUGACAGAUUACAGGAAACACUUGAUGAGGCUGAAUCUUACAAAGACGGCCGUGCCGAAAUAUUCCUCCGUUUCCUCUGCGGUCUCUCAGACUCUUCUACUAGAUCCAUGUUAAAGUCUCAUGUGGGAGAAUUGUCUACUCAGGCUGGCAGACAUGUCAUCACCUGGAUCCAGAAGAAAAUCACCGAACAAAGACCGAACAAAUCUACAAGAGGCAAGAGAGAGCUUCUUAAUGUAUUCUACUAUCUCCAUGAGAGCAGGAAUACGGCUCUGGUGUCACAAUGUAUUGGAUCAAAUAAAGUUGACUUUUCUGGUGUCCCCCUCAGCCCUCUGGACUGCUCUGUGCUGUCUUUUAUCCUUCAAUCCUGCAGAGAGAUAGAAGAAGUAAAUCUACAUUUGUGUAAUAUUCCAAGCGAAGGACUGAGGAAGUUUAUACCAACUCUACACAAAAUCAAACGUUUGAGAUUGGAGAGAAAUCACCUGACAGGCAGUUCCUGCUCCCACCUGGCAUCUGGAAUAAGAAAUAACCAGACACUGAGGACACUGGACCUGUCUGAGAACAAUCUAGAGGGUCCUCAUUUCAUGGAUCUGAUGGAAGCUCUGACAAAAAGCCGGAUAGAGAAAUUACAUUUGGAUGUUAACCACUUGACAGACAGUUCCUGCCCCCACCUCGCAUUUGGAAUAAGAAAUAACCAGACACUGAGGAUACUGGAACUGUCUGAGAACAAUCUGGAGGGUCCUCAUUUCAGGGAUCUGAUGGAAGCUCUGAAAACAAGCCGGAUAGAGAUAUUAUUUUUGGUUGGUAACCACUUGUCAGACAGUUCCUGCCCCCACCUGGCAUCUGGAAUAAAGAAUAACCAGACACUUUGGACACUGAACCUGUCUAAGAACCAUCUGGAGGGUCCUCAUUUCAGGGAUCUGAUGGAAGCUCUGACAACAAGCCAGAUAGAAGAAUUACAAUUGUCUAAUAAUGGCCUGACAGAUAGUUCCUGCCCCCACCUGGCAUCUGGAAUAAAAAAUAACCAUACACUGAGGAGACUGGACCUGUCUGAGAACAUUCUGGAGGGUCCUCAUAUCAGGGAUCUGAUGGAAGCUCUGACAACAAGCUGCAUAGAGAGAUUGGAUUUAAAGAAUAAUGACCUAACAGAUAAUUCCUGCCCCCACCUGGCAUCUGGAAUAACAAAUAACCAGACACUGAGGAUACUGAUCCUGUCUGAGAACAAUCUGGAGGGUCCUCAUUUCAGGGAUCUGAUGGAAGCUCUGACAACAAGCCGGAUAGAGGAAUUACAUUUGGAUAAUAAUGGCCUGACAGACAGUUCCUGCCCCCACCUGGCAUCUGGAAUAGGAAAUAACAAGACACUGAAGACACUGAACCUGUCUGAGAACAAUCUGGAGGGUCCUCAUUUCAGGGAUCUGAUGGAAGCUCUGACAACAAGCCGGAUAGAGGAAUUACAGAUUGUGAACAACUUCUUGUCAGGUGAAGCUAGAAGCAAUCUGAAAAAGCUGGAAUCCCUCCGGCCAGAACUGAAGGUGUCUACACGAUGACCCCAGAGGAAGAAUCUUUGCUACGGCUGUGAAUGGGGCCGGGACCUUUCUCUGAAUGAGGAGCAGAAUAAAAUUUAGAAAUGAGAAACCUCAUCAAGAGGAGAGUGAAACGAAUGCACCAAAGAAUGCUGAAUCUGAACCCCAAUGACGUCAAUAGGAGCAGAUUCUUAGAAAUUAGUGAUGGCCAUUUCUAGGCUAAUAGGCAAGGGAUUGCCAAAAAAGGGCAUGGAGACCUGGGCAUGACCCAAGGGACAUGUACCAAUGUAAAAACAAAUACAUUAAUAUGAAUUUUAGUGCAAACAAAUACAUUAUUAUACCAAAUUUUUUGAUGUAGCACCCUGAUGUUUAGGCAGGGUUGCUGACAAAUUUAGUCUGCCAG